AUGAGUGAACUCGAUACCCAGGUCAAAACGCCCUCCGAUGAGCUCGAUAUCGAGAAAGAGGCUUUCGACUCGCAGGAGCCCAUCGUCGUCGCAUUCGACGUGGACGACCCAUACAACCCAAAGAAUUGGUCUCGGGCAAAACGAUGGUACCUGACAUUCGUCGCAGGCGUGCUCGGAUUCAACGCCGCUUUCGCGUCUUCCGCACCCUCAGGAAUGUCGUCCAAGCUCAUGGAAGCCUUCAACAUCUCCGAAGAGCUUGCUACGCUCACCAUUUCGCUCUUUAUAUUUGGUUACUGCGUUGGGCCGCUCUUCUGGGGUCCGCUCUCUGAACAGUGCUUUCAAAUCGGCUGUGCGCUCGCACCGAACGCGACAGCGCUCAUGCUCUUCCGCCUGCUGGGUGGCAUGUUUGCCGCGGCGCCAAUGUCGAACAGCGGCGCACUCAUAUCCGACAUGUAA